AUGGCGGCUUUUGAACAGGCCCAGCGUGGAAUCUGUACCAUUCCGGAGUGGUAUAACCGGACCGGGCCGAUUUAUCGUCAAUAUGCCUCUUUCAAGGAAAGGUUCGACGAUGUCGAUUUGGCCUUGAGGGAAUCCAAGGCAGCUUGCCGGUCCUUGUUCAACCUCAUCGAAUUUCCAGCCCGACUAGCAUGGAACCCGCUGAGGGAGAGCAAUAGAGGGGUCACGAACGCACUGCUGAACGAGCAGAAAAAUACCGUACAGGCCCUAGGAAUCCAGACGGAUGGCAAUGUCAUGCCCGACAAGAACAAAAAGCCGACAGCUAUGUUCCAGGAGAAAAGCGGGCGUAUCAAGAAGCGGCGGAACAAGUCGGAUCGAGCGAAAGUCGCGGAUCGAUUACUUGCGCCCAAUCCUGCAGCAGGCCCGGGACGAACUUCGCGGAGCAGGCCAAUUGAGGAUAUGGAAGAUUGGGAGGACGAAGACGAGGACGCUGGCAUGCCGACGAUCAGCCCCACGGUUGCCCCUGGCCAACAGAGCGCUUCGGACGACGCACUUGGCUUUGGCGUGUCCCGACCAGUGUUGGGAACGGCCCCGUUUGCAUACCAGCCGACGUAUCCUCCGGCGCCCUCCUACAUGACGGCACCAGGUCCCUACGCAGAGUUGGCGCCUUUCCCGAGCGCUGGCCUGGGGGGUUACUCGCCUCUGAUGGCCCCAAGUAUGGACCAGCCUGCGUAUGGAAACGAGGAGGCAGACCAUGCCGGGCCAGCUCUCGAGGCACAGGAGGGCGGCCGUGCAGUCGACGUAUUCCAGAAUGCCAAACUGUACGACUACUGA